AUGUUUGUAUUACGCAGUAUAUGUGGUUAAUUCUGCUACGGCAUCUUACAGUAGGUAUAAAUUGAAAAAGAAAAGUAAAAUUAUUGUAUAUUAUUAGCUCAAUUUCUAGGAAAGGAAAUAGAAUUACGGUUACGAAUUCCAAUUUUCAAGUACAUGGCUGUUCAUUGUUAUGAUUGCGAGUUUGAUAACUGGGAAAUGAGAUUGUAUGUUGUGUACUGGUAGAAAUGUCUUAUUGGUUAAAUGUUAAAUUUGUAAAAAGUGGUUAAAGGCAAGUGGAUUAUGUUCAUUUUCUUUCGGCCAAAUCUCCGAGGGAGGAACUGAAUACAAGAAUUGACAUUUCUCAAAGGAACAGGAAAAUGCAAGCAAGAAGUAGGUUGAGAGUUUUUUUCCAUGGAAGAGCUCGGAAAAUAAGAUGGAAAAGGUUUUCUUGGUUAUUUAUGUGAUUUUCUGAAUGCCCUAUCCUGCUUUGAGAGGUCUCUUUUAUAGGCCGAAAUAGUCGAUCAGUCUUUUCAAUGUGAAAUGACUACUCGCUUAGCACUGAAAAGACUAAUAAAUGGCACAUGCCUGGACUAUGACAUUGGGUUUGAGGCUGAUUGGACGCAUGUUGGCGUAAGACUCUACAAUGGUUGUUGAUCUAUCCAAGGAUCAUUAUGAGUGUGUUCCAACUGUAAAGUGAUCCUUCCCUGUUAAGGGUCCUGUUGGCUACCCGGAUAUGAAGCAGCCUUGGUUGUCUUGAGGCAGCACCAGGGAUGAUCCAUCCAAAUUUUCGUAAGCUGGAGAAAUGAAGAUCUCCUGACAACCACUAGCAAUGAAGAUUCUAGUUCAUCUGAUAAAACUUGCUGUCACAAGGACAAAAAUUCUAUUAGCUCAGGCAGAUGCUUCGGGGUGGAACUAACCCCAGAUAACAUUGCAGUUGCUAUGGUAUAUUUUGUUCAAGGUGUCUUAGGCCUUUCAGAUCUUGCUGUUAGCUUUUAUUUGAAAGAUGACCUACACCUAGACCCUGCAGAGGCAGCUGUGAUAUCUGGUUUCUCAUCAUUGCCAUGGCUUAUAAAGCCGUUAUAUGGAUUCAUCAGUGAUUCCUUCCCACUCUUUGGAUACCGGAGAAGGUCAUAUUUGGUACUAUCUGGACUUCUUGGAGCACUCUCAUGGUUUUUGAUGGCCACCUUUGUAGACAGCAAGUAUGAUGCUGCUUUCUGCAUACUUAUUGGUUCUCUUUCUGUUGCUUUCUCAGAUGUUGUUGUAGAUUCCAUGGUCGUUGAAAGGGCACGUGGUGAGUCCCAAAGCAUGUCAGGAUCUCUUCAGUCACUUUGCUGGGGUUCUUCAGCAUGUGGUGGAAUUGUCAGUUCUUACUUCAGUGGAUCCCUUGUGGAAGUUUAUGGUGUGAGGUCCGUUUUUGGUGUAACAGCAUUACUUCCACUGAUAACAUCUGCAGUAUCUUUGCUUGUGAAAGAGGAGCCUGUACUUGGCCCAGCAAGGAAUCUCUCUUUAAGAAAUGGCUUCUUUCAGAGUUCAAAAAGUAGCAUUAUCCAGUUAUGGGGAGCUGUUAAGCAGCCUAAUGUUUUUCUUCCCACACUAUUUAUUUUCCUAUUUCAGACAACACCACAGUCAGGUUCUGCUACGUUUUUCUUCAUAACCAAUAAACUUGGUUUCACUCCAGAAUUUUUAGGCCGCCUUAAGCUUGUUACUUCAGUUGCAUCACUUAUUGGUGUUGCACUUUACAAUGGUUUCUUAAAGAAAGUUCCUUUAAGGAAAAUAUUCCUUGUGACAACUAUUAUUGGUUCAGCUCUUGGGAUGACACAGGUUCUGCUGGUAACCAGAUUAAACCGAAAGUUUGGCAUUAGUGAUGAGUGGUUUUCAAUUGGGGAUUCCUUGAUUCUAUCUGUUCUUGGUCAGGCUUUCUUCAUGCCUGUUCUUGUAUUAGCUGCAAGAAUAUGUCCAAUGGGAAUGGAGGCUACUUUCUUUGCAACCCUUAUGUCCAUAGCCAAUGGGGGAGGUACCCUUGGGGGCCUACUUGGUGCAGGUCUAACUCACAUCCUUGGUGUCACCAAGGACAAAUUUGAUAACUUGGCUCUCCUAAUAAUUAUCUGCAAUCUCAGCUCCCUACUGCCUUUACCACUACUUGGCCUUCUUCCUCGAGAUGAACCCGAUUCAGAGGGGAAUACUGAUAUUGAGAUGACGCCGUAUUGAAUUCAUGCUUUCUCUGCAUAUAACAUGUUGACAUGAAAUUGCUAAUGUGGCCUCAAACGUGGUUGAUCGAUUUAACUGCAGCUUUUCAAGAUACCAGUAGGAGAGAUUUUUUACUCAGUAGGUGAGAACUCCACUCAUGUAAUUCCUCACUACCUCAAGACAUCACGACACAAAAAUGUAGAGAUCAGUAAUAUUUUCUAGUACUAGUUUUUAAGCUAACAUACAUACAGUAGUCCUCUAUUCUUUUUCUUCAAUUCUCUCAUUGUUCGUAAAUGGAUCAAUAUGGUUUUGAAAGCGGAAUUGACGUCAGGUUGAUAAUAUUUUUUCCCUGAA